AUGACUACCAUUGGCCCUUCACAGUCGACGACGGCGACUACAAGAGUGGACGUCCCGACUUGGAACGGCGAGGCCGACAGAUUGACGAGCUACAAGUUCGAGAUCAACAUGUUCAUGAAGAGCAUCAAGGUGGCGGACCGCUAUGUGUGCGGCCCCCAGCUGGUGCGCGUUCUCGGAGCGAGUGUCCGGAUGACAGUGGAGAACUGCCCGGACAUCAACGACGUGGAUGAGAUAGACAAGAACGGGAACCUGGUCGGCUGGAACAGGGUUCUCGACUACGUGCUGCAGAAACUGGACUACACGAGUCUUAAUGAUACCGGUCUCCUCGCGGAGGAGUUCUUUGUGAAGAUCGCGAGGAACUCGGACGAGACCUUCCAGGACUGGGCGGCCCGGUUCGAGAAGAAGGAGCGUGAGCUGCUGACACAGCUCAAGGCCAUCGACGGCGGCGUCGAGGAAGCGACAGCGAGACCUCUCCGGACAUGGUGGUUCUUGAGUAAGUCUCGACUCACCCCAGUGCAGCGCGGAGAGAUCACGGCGACAACUAGAGGCGACUACGACUAUGCGAAGACCUACAAGACCUUGCUGACUCGCUUCCCAGCGGAGGCGCUCGCAGAACUUGACGGCAAGACCCGACGUGAUAAGGUCUGUUAUGACGAGGAAUACGACGAAGCCGAGGACGAGAUCGGUGGAGAACACUACGACGAGAUAGUAGAUGUGGUCGAGCAGCUGAUCAAUCUAGCUGAAGAGGACGAGGAAGAAGAUGAGGCUGCUGACGGCCACAGCGCGGAUAGCGAGGUGUUCGCGGAGUUCAAGCAGGUGGGCCAGAGCUUCAAAGAUGCUCGAGAUCUUCUGCGACGGCUGCGAACGUCGCGGGACUACUACCCUGUGGUGGCCACGAAGGACGAGCGCGAGCGCCGGACGCCCUCGCCGCCAGCCCCUGGACGGGGACACUUCCGACCGACGGGCGGUCGCGGCAGGUUUGGAGGCUGCUCACGGCACGAGGCCGCGCACGGAUGCGGCCGCCGCGACCUCUCCAAGAUGAAGUGUGUCGCAUGCCACGAGUACGGACAUCGAGCUGUGGACUGCCCCCGGAGAAACACGAAGGGCCAGGCAAGCGGGGCCCAGGGCAGCGCACACAACGGCUCCAUCCCAUCGGCCCUCAACGAGUACAUGUACCUCCUGGAGCGCGACGGGAUCUGGGCCGUCCUGGACAUCGGGGCCACCCAGAGCUUGGGAGGCGUUGAGGGCAUCGAGAACCUCAUGUACGAGAUGCUGGUCGACCACGGCGAGGAGUUCGAGACGGACAGCGAGGCGUGCUCGUUUACCUUCGGUGAUGGCCUCUCCAAGAGCUCGAUGGGCACCGUCACGGGCAACGUCUUCCUGGGAGGCGAUCUCUUCUAUGUGCGCCUCUCGGUGAUGCCGAACCGGGUCCCGAUCCUCCUCGGCAUGGACAUCCUGAGCGACUGUCUCAAGAUGGUCGUUGACUGUGGCCAGAACUGGAUCGGGUUACCCACCCUCGGCAACAAGGUGUUCUACUGCGAGCGCCUCUCCAGCAACCGCAUGGCCGUCAACGUAUCGACCCCGCAGUGGUGGAAGGAAGCGCCAUUUUUCUUGCCGAAUCCGGGAUGCCUGGCCACCGAGUCGGACGACCCGAAGGUACUGAUCGAAGAGCUGGCGGUGCGAAACACCUGCCAGAGCGACGGAAACAUCGACGGCGCAAGCACCUACCAGAGCGACGGAAACACCGGCGCGGCGCGGAUCGGCGAGAGCGACGGAAAUCCCGAUAUCGACCGGUUCAUCGGGUCCUCCCUCAUCCUUGACUCCAGCAGUAUGGACCUCCUCAGCCUCUGGGACCUCAACAACUGA